ACACUCCAAUCCAAUUAAAAGGCAAGCUUCCCACUUCUAUUCUAUCAUUCUAAACCAUCAAACAAAUUUACACAUUCCGAGAAAACUAUGAAAACCCACAUAUAUUUUUCUCUGGUUUUCUUCUUGUUUUCAGUAGCCCAAGGAUUGAACCCCAAAUGUGAGACCCAAGACCAUGGUUCAAACCUCCAAGUGUUCCAUAUUUACAGUCCCUGCUCACCCUUCAAGCCCUCAAAGCCACUGUCAUGGGAAGAAGAUGUGCUCCAAACACAAGCCAAGGACCAGGCCAGGCUUCAAUAUUUGUCGAGCCUGGUGGCUAAGAAAUCUGUGGUGCCGAUAGCUUCUGGCAGGCAGAUUGUGCAAAGUCCCACUUAUAUCGUGAGGGCCAACAUUGGAACCCCACCUCAAACCUUGCUUAUGGCCAUGGAUACUAGCAAUGAUGCCGCUUGGAUACCUUGCACUGGCUGCCUUGGCUGCUCUUCUACUGUCUUUGACAAUGCUAAAUCCACCACUUUCCAGUCCCUCGGCUGCCAAGCUCCUCAAUGCAAGCAGGUACAAAAUCCCAGCUGCGAUGGCAGUGGCAACACUUGCAUAUUCAACAUGACCUACGGGGGUUCAACCAUUGCAGCAAACCUCUCACAGGACACAUUCACCUUAGCCAACGACUCUGUCUCGAGCUACACUUUCGGCUGCCUGCAAAAGACAACCGGCAACUCGGUGCCACCACAAGGUCUAUUGGGGCUCGGCCGAGGUCCAUUAUCCCUUCUAUCUCAGACCCAAGACCUGUACCAAGCCACAUUUUCAUACUGUUUGCCUAAUUUUAGGUCCGCCAACUUUUCUGGGUCAUUGAGACUUGGGCCAGUGGGGCAGCCAGUGAGGAUCAAAUACACCCCAUUACUGAAGAACCCGAGGAGACCAUCCCUUUACUUUGUGAAUUUGAUUGGAAUUAGGGUUGGAAACAAAGUUGUUGAUAUCCCACCAUCUGCCAUUGCUUUCAAUCCUACCACCGGUGCUGGCACCAUUAUUGAUUCUGGUACCGUUUUCACCCGGCUAGUUGAACCAGCCUAUGUAGCCGUCCGAGACGAGUUUCGAAGACGAGUUAAGGUGGCCAACGUAACAUCUCUUGGCGGUUUCGACACAUGUUACACAGUCCCGAUUGUGGCUCCGACGAUAACGUUCAUGUUCACCAGCAUGAACGUGACACUGCCACAAGACAACCUGUUAAUCCACAGCACAGCAGGCAGCAUCACAUGUUUGGCGAUGGCAUCGGCACCGGAUAAUGUGAAUUCUGUGCUGAAUGUGAUAGCCAAUAUGCAGCAACAGAACCAUAGGAUCCUUUUCGAUGUGCCAAAUUCCAGGUUGGGCGUUGCCCGUGAGCUCUGCACCUAAAUUCUAGCUUUGUUCCCUAAUUUAUUUAUCCCUGUUUUCGUGUAUUUUAUUGUGUGACCAUCGUAUUUAAAGUAUUUAAUAUUUAUGUAAACUUAAAUGUAUUAAUAAUUUGCAACAUUAAAUUUUGAUAUUUGGUA